AUGUCUACCACCGCUUCUGCUGCCAAUAAGUCACAUCAUGCUUCAUUGUCUCCAAUAACAUCGUCUCCAAAAAACAGAAGAAGAAGUUCAUCGAUCAUUUCACACGUGGAAGUCGAAAGCGAUGAGGAGCUCAAUGAUCAGAACUUAGUUCCAAAUUUGAAUGCCAACUGGGUUCAUUCGAAAGGUGCUUGGUUGAUCCACAUUUGUAUUAUUUUGUUGCUUAAAAUGUUCUUUAACGUCUUGCCAGGAUCAACAACCGAAUUAUCUUGGACGUUGACCAAUACCACCUACAUAAUUGGUUCUUACAUAAUGUUUCAUCAAGUCAAGGGCACUCCGUUUGAUUUUAAUUCUGGGGCCUAUGAUAAUUUGACAAUGUGGGAACAAAUAGACAAUGGUGACCAAUAUACCCCAACCAAGAAGUUUUUGUUUUUGGUGCCAAUUGCCUUAUUUUUGGCAUCCACACACUACUCAAAAUACAAUUUGAACUAUUUUGUGUUCAAUGGUGUAUUGUGCUUGAUUGGCUGUAUCCCAAAGAUGGCUUUUACCCAUAGAUUGAGAAUAUCUAUCCCUGGUCUCACUAAGGCAAAUAUUUGA